CUCAUUCGACUCUUUGGUGCUAAGUUUAUGGUGUUAGCAUUUAACAGUCGCAAAUAUAUCGGCCAAAACCAUGGAUUACUGUUUAAAGUUAUUCGUUUAUUCCUCUUUGCUUUUAAAGCCUGCCUUUAGCCAAGAUUUUUCUCUCAACAACUUUCAUUCUUUAACCGAAAGGUUAUGGUUAUACAAUAACGAAAUCGCGUGUCCCACUAACACGACGACUGGCAAUUUCCUGCUUGCCCAUCCGGAUUAUUCGAAAUCUACAGAACCACAUCUGAACGACAGCAUCACAGUUGCCACCAUAUGGGUGAGGCUGCCACAGGGCGACGUGUUGUUCAGAGACAACAUCCCAACAUCGUUCCAACUGAAUUUCCUGUGUAAUCCUUCGGUGAAGUCGCCUUUUGAUAAAUGUCCGGUUGGUAACUGCUUCGUGUUGUCGACUACAGACGACCAGCGCGAAGGAGACGACAGCAUAGCAUUCAAACCACGUGUCGAUGUGCUGGAAGUCGAGAAUGUAAUCAACGUGACAUCUUCUGAUGCUUGUAGUAGUUCAAAGCAACUAAUUCUGGGAAUCGUUCCUCAGCAGUGUCUGACCCUUCCGCCACAUGAUUCAACUACCCCUUCCAGCGGAUCUCUCGUAGUUUUUAUCAUAUCUGUACUAUUAACCAUUGUAAUACUUUACUUCGUGUGUGGAACUUGCUGUAAUUAUAUUUCGGGUUUACGUGGUUCUGAUUCGAUCCCACAUAUCAACUGUCUUACUCAAUUAGGCCGUUGUUUUCAAGACAUAUGGUAUAAAAUAAAAUGCCGUGACCGCUAUCGAGGCCCAUAUCAAGAAAUAUGAACAAUAGAUUAUAUAGCUGUGUAUAUAUAUGUACCGGUGUGUGUGUGUGGUAGAUGAAUAUAUGCGUCUACUGCCACAAGGAUUUAGCUGGUUGUAGAUACAGGUAUUCGUGUCCUCCGCAUCUUGAUCUGAUGGAAUUAAACCUAGUCUUCCAUUAAAGAACGGUUAAAAAUAAAUAUGUAGAGGAUACAAUUUAAGAAUAAACAAAAACUGUCUGAAAUAAAUGUUACUAUGAAUUAUAUAAAACAUUACAUAUUAUAGAAUAUUGUUAUACAUUUCGAUAUUGUAUUUGUUUCUCAGGAUAUUAUAAAUGUAUUUAUCUAAACAGGAAAAGAAACACGAAUGGAAAUAAUAAAUAAUCAUAUUUAUCUCUCAAUGUUCGUUUCUCCUGCGUUUCUUCAGCGGUUGGCCCAUCAGACAUUACUCGCCAAAAAGCAGGCCAAGUCACUAAAAUAUAAAUAAUUAGCAAACAUCACAAAUAUCACAUGUGGUAUAAA